AUGUCGAAAUUGUGGGAAGUAGACCCUGAGACGAGAGCCAAGUUGCUCCAGAUUUCAAAGACAAAUGGAAACGACAGAUGUUGUGACUGCGGCGCACCCUCCCCUCAAUGGGCAUCACCAAAAUUCGGUAUUUUCAUCUGCCUAAACUGCGCCGGCACCCACCGCGGGCUGGGCGUACACAUCUCCUUCGUCCGCUCAAUCACAAUGGACGCCUUCAAAAACGCCGAAAUACAACGAAUGGAACGCGGAGGAAACGAUACCUGGAAACACUUCUAUGAUGAACACGCAAUUAUCAUAUCCGAAGGACGGACGUUUGAGGAUUCGACGAUAAAGGAGAGAUAUGAUAGCGAAGUUGGAGAGGAAUACAAGGAUCGACUUACGGCGAAGAUUGAGGGUGUUGAAUAUGUGCCUGGUGAAAAGAAGAAGGUUGUUGUUCCAUCGGGGACGGUGACGGAGACUGUGUCGUCGAGGUCGAGUACGCCGAUAUUUCAAGGAGGUCGAGCAUCACCCGCUACUUCAAUGACUGGCGCAACAACACAAAAGGAUCGCAAUGAAGCAUAUUUCGCAAAGUUGGGGAAUGAGAAUGCAUCGCGACGAGAGGACGUUGCGCCUUCUCAGGGUGGGAAAUAUGCGGGUUUUGGGGGCGGUGUACCCGUAUCGUCGAAACCUGCUCGACAGGAGGGUGUUCCGGGGUUUAAUGAUUUUCAGAAUGAUCCAGUUGGGGCUUUGACAAAGGGGUUUGGAUGGUUUACGUCGGCGGUAGGGAAGAGUGCUAAGACAGUGAAUGAUACGUAUAUUCAACCCACGGCCAAGCAGCUGGCCGAGUCGGACUUUGCUGCCCAAGCCCGGAUACACGCCGCACAAUUAGGUCAAAAUUUACAAGUCGGCGCACGAGAUGCAGCAGAUCGCUUCAAUCGAUUCGUCGAGGGCGAGGCGUCGGGACCUGGUGCCGGCGCUGCAAGUGGCGGUGGUGCACAACGCAGAUUCCAACCAGAAAGACAAGAUUUCUGGGACGAGUUCUCAGCAGUCGGCGAACAGAGUGCUGCUGCUCGCCAGAAACGGCAAUCUUCUGGUGCCAUAGGCACGGCUGCUAUGAGGAAUACGCCGACUACGUCGAGUGCUUCUGCGACUAGUAGGGUUAAUAAUACUGCCGCGCCGGCUGCUACGGGUAUUGGUGCGAGUACGACUACUACUUCGACAAAAGAAAAGGAAGAUUGGGGCGAGGAUUGGUAGUGGAAGUUUCGUUCUGAAUAUCAAAUAUAUAGUUUUGCAUUGAUACCCUUGUCCUGA